AUGUUUGCUCAAUCAGCUUUAAGACCAGCUAGAACUCUUCCAUCAAGAAUCCUCACUAGAAGAAACUUCCAAGUUUCUGCCAGAAAAUUUGAUAUUAACACCAUUGUUUACGGUGCAGCAAAAGAAGGUCCUUACGAAAAUUUACCAUUUAAAGUUAAGAACAGAAAAUUUAUUCCAUUUUCUGUCUGGUACUGGGGUGUAUUGGGAUUCUUCUUUGCUUUCCCAUUCUUAACCUCAUGGUGGCAAUUAAAGAAAUCUGGUGCUUUCAACAAGACUGAAUAG